AUGUUGCAGCGAACCACUGGAGUAGGGAUGAAUUCUGCAAUGGAUGAUAUGAAUUUGAUUCAGCAAGCACAGAGGCAUCACUUGGUUGUGAGGGAGAUUGGUGAAGAGAUUGAUUUAGAAAUUGGACCCGGGGAAGAUGAUCCUUCAUUUGGUAAUACAACACUAAUUGGUGCGCCGUUGCGGGAAUCUUCUGCGGAGGAUCAUGGCGAGAGCAAGCAGAUGAUGGUGGUUUCUCAGCUUUCUAAUGAUGUUCAAGAUAUGUCUCAGACCCAACAGGUGAAAAGGAAGAAAAAGGUUGUUAAAAGAUGGAGAGAGGAAUGGGCAGACACCUACAAAUGGGCCUAUGUCGAUGUGAAAGACGGGACACCGAGGAUUUUCUGCUCUGUCUGUAGGGAAUUUGGCCGGAAGCAUCGAAGAAAUCCUUACGGUAAUGAGGGAAGUCGUAACAUGCAGAUGAGUGCGCUCGAGGAACACAAUAAUAGUUUGCUUCACAAAGAGGCUCUUCGUCUUCAAUCGGCCUCCAAAGAUAAAAUUAUGGCUGACAAGCCUGUAUAUGUAAAAGCCGUAAUGUCAAAAACAGCGGGAUCAAUUCUUGAAGCAACACUAAAAAGGGAUCCUCAUGAGGUUGAGUUCAUUCAGGCAGUCCAGGAGGUAGUUCAAGCUCUUGAGAGAGUCAUCGGGAAAAAUUCUCAUUAUGUUAACAUCAUGGAGCGAUUGUUGGAACCUGAACGAAUGAUUAUUUUUAGAGUUCCAUGGGUGGAUGAUAGGGGUGAGACACACGUUAAUAGGGGGUUUCGAGUACAAUUUAACCAGUCAAUGGGUCCAUGUCGGGGUGGCAUUCGAUUUCACCCGUCAGUGAAUUUAAGUAUUACCAAAUUCCUUGGCUUUGAGCAGACGUUAAAGAAUGCUCUAUCACCUUACAAAUUAGGAGGAGCAGCCGGUGGAAGUGAUUUUGAUCCAAAAGGCAAAAGUGAGAAUGAGAUUAUGCGAUUUUGCCAGAGUUUCAUGUGCGAGAUGUAUCAUUACCUUGGUCCUGACAAGGACCUUCCAUCGGAGGAGAUGGGCGUUGGUACUCGCGAGAUGGGGUAUCUUUUUGGACAGUAUAGACGUCUAGUUGGUCAUUUUCAGGGAACUUUUACAGGGCCAAGAAUAUUUUGGUCUGGCUCCAGUCUUCGACCUGAAGCUACUGGCUAUGGACUGGUUUUCUUUGCCCAGCUCAUGCUAGCCGACAUGAAUAAAGAACUCAAAGGAUUAAGAUGUGUUGUAAGUGGUUCUGGAAAGAUUGCACUGCAUGUUUUAGAGAAGCUAAUUGCAUAUGGUGCUCUACCCAUUUCAGUAUCAGAUUCUAGGGGAUAUUUGGUUGAUGAAGAUGGAUUUGACUACAUGAAAGUACAAUUUUUGAGAGACAUCAAAGCUCAGCAUAGAAGUUUGCGAGACUAUUCAAAGACCUAUGCUCGGUCCAAAUAUUAUGACGAAGCAAAACCCUGGGUUGAAAGAUAUGAUCUUGCAUUUGCUUGUGCUACACAGAAUGAGAUUGAUCAAGCUGAUGCCAUCAAUUUGGUUAAUUCAGGAUGUCGCAUACUAAUAGAAGGUUCAAACAUGCCCUGUACCCCUGAUGCAGUUCAAGUUCUGAGGAAAGCUAAUGUUCUUGUUGCUCCUGCAAUGGCUGCUGGUGCUGGAGGGGUCGUGGCUGGAGAACUUGAAUUGAACCACGAGUGCAGUUUGAUGAACUGGUCCCCAGAGGACUUUGAAUCUAAAUUGCAGGAAGCAAUGAAACAAACAUAUCAAAGAGCUAUAAAAGCUGCAACUGAUUUCGGUUAUCAAAAGGAAAGUCCCGAGGCUUUGGUACAUGGAGCAGUUAUCUCUGCCUUUCUUACUAUAGCUCAAGCCAUGACUGAUCAAGGCUGUGUAUAA